UCCAGAUGAUACAGUGUUUACAAGUAGCUCCACAGCAGUUGUGCUGUGUUAGCAGGAUCCUUAAGUAUUAUAGUGUGUGAGAGGAUGUGUGAUGAUCACAUGAAAGUCCAAUGCUAUUAUAUUUAUGGAAUUUGGUUGUCAAGGGUUUGGAUACUUGUAAGAGUUCCGGAAGCAGAUGGAAAGGAGCAACUGUAUUUUACACAUUACCCUAUGUGCAUAUUUGGGGGCCAGUAACUGAACCAGAAAAUUUUAUAUAAUAGUUUACUAAACAAAAUAUUUUUAGAAUAUUAUAAUAUCCAAAGAGAAACUUGAGCUAAUGUAUCUCAUAGUCUUGUUUCAAACACUUACGAGCCAUGCCUUGCCAAUCUGCUCCUACCCUUCAAGGAGUAUGCUGACCUAAAUCCUGACUGGCUUCUCAGAAGCUCCAGCCCGCCAACAUCUUGUUUUGCACAAGGUAAUGAAACUUCCAGCAGCUUGGACCUAAUGUCCUGAAGCUAGUGAUGUUGACACCUGAUCUCUACAAAGACACCAGCACCUUCCUACACCUGCCUCUGCCCGCAGCUGCUUCGGUGUGCAGCUGCCUCUGCCUGGAACAGCUCUUUCAGAAAGCAACUAUGACAGCGCUGAGGAGAAAAUCCAUUCUGCUGACAGGCUAUCUGGAAUACAUGCUCAAACAAUACCACAGCAAAGAGAACACAGAAAACAAGGGGCCCGUUGUGAACAUCAUCACCCCGUCCAGAGCAGAGGACCGAGGCUGCCAGUUAACACUGACCUUUUCCAUUUCCAGGAAAGGCGUUUUUGAGGAACUCGAAAAAAGAGGAGUCGUUUGUGACAAGCGAGAACCAGAUGGUAUCCGUGUGGCCCCCGUUCCUCUCUAUAAUUCUUUCCAUGAUGUUUAUAAGUUCGUCAGACUGCUCACUGCCAUACUUGACUCUUCAGAAACUAGCCAUGUUUUCUAGAAUCACUCAAGCAAAUCUCAUUUCACUACUAUUGAA